CACACUGACACUGCCGGAACCCGGCCAGAUCGCGCUUUUGGCCUGCUGUGUGUGAGUGGCUUCUCCGGAGCCACCAGUCCCGGGGCCAGUUCAGCCUCCUCCCCUAAAGGGGACCGCCUGGCUGCGCUGUGCCGGAGUGGAGUAAGAGGAAGAAAGUUUGGAGUGCAGAGCGGAGUUGGGCCGCCGGAGGAAGGGAACCAGAAGAGAGGGGUCUCCACUCCAAGUUUGCGCGGCGGCGGCCGCGUCCCGGGGGUGCCUGUCCCGCUUCGCGCUGCAGCAGCCGGAAUCGAGCCCUCCCGGCGGACUGGAACUCUCGGUCCGGGUUCCAGGCUGGCGCUAGAGGCUCGACCAACGGCCGGGGAGGAACUUCUCUUGCAAGCUGUCGCCGAGGGCCCUUAUUGUCUGCAGGAACUCUCCGGAAUCGGGAGGGGGAGGACUGGAUCGCUCUUCCACUGGGAUUCGUCAAGAGUUCCGGCGGCAGCUGCGGCGGUUGCGGAGUCUCCCUUUGUCCUCCUAGGACCUCCCUCCUUCCCGGUCUCCCUCCCUCUGUCAGUUAGUAGGUCCUGCUGACCCAGGCGCCGGCGCCCUAGCUGCUCGCAAUCCCCCACCCUAGGGUGCGUCCCUGGUAACUCCUACCACCCUAGCGUCGCCAUCGAGUCGAGCAGACGGGGCUGCGAGCAGGAGGGAGUCGCAGACCCCUGGCCGCAGGAUGGUGGCGGGGCUCUCCCCGGCGCGCAGUCCCCGGAGCUGGCUGGUCCCCGGGCUGUGGCUGCUAGCUCUCAGCUGUCCUGGGGGGCUGGUGAGCGCCCAGGAGCAGCCCUCCUGCCGUGGAGCCUUUGAUCUCUACUUCGUCCUGGACAAGUCUGGGAGUGUGGCAAAUAACUGGAUUGAAAUUUACAAUUUUGUCCAGCAACUUACAGAGAGAUUUGUGAGCCCUCAAAUGAGAUUAUCUUUCAUUGUGUUUUCUUCUCAAGCAACCAUUAUUUUGCCAUUAACUGGAGACAGAGGCAAAAUCAGUGAAGGCUUGGACAAUUUAAAACGUGUUAGUCCCGUAGGAGAGACAUACAUCCAUGAAGGACUAAAGCUAGCAAAUGAACAAAUUGAGAAAGCAGGAGGCUUAAAAACCUCCAGUAUCAUAAUUGCUCUGACAGAUGGGAAGUUAGAUGGUCUGGUGCCAUCAUAUGCAGAGAAAGAGGCAAAGAUAUCCAGGUCCCUUGGGGCUAGAGUUUAUUGUGUUGGUGUCCUUGACUUUGAACAAGCUCAACUCGAAAGAAUUGCUGAUUCUAAGGAACAAGUUUUCCCUGUCAAAGGUGGAUUUCAAGCUCUUAAAGGAAUAAUUAAUUCUAUACUAGCUCAGUCGUGCACUGAAAUCCUGGAAUUACGGCCCUCAAGCGUCUGUGUGGGGGAGGAAUUUCAAAUAGUUUUGAAUGGAAGAGGAUUCAACUUGGGCAGUCGGACAAGCAGUGUUCUCUGUACUUACACUGUUAAUGAAACAUACACAAAGAGUGUAAUGCCAGUGAGUGUGGAAAGUAAUUCUAUGCUUUGUCCUGCACCUACCCUGAAUGAAGUUGGACAAACUCUUGAUGUUUCAGUGAGUUUUAAUGGAGGAAGUUCUGUCAUCUCGGGCUCACUAACAGUCACAGCCACAGAAUGUUCUAGUGGGAUUGCAGCCAUCAUUGCUAUUUUGGUGUUACUGCUACUCUUGGGCAUCGGUUUGAUGUGGUGGUUUUGGCCCCUUUGCUGCAAAGUGGUUAUCAAGGAUCCUCCUCCACCACCACCCUCUGCACCAAAAGAGGAGGAAGAAGAACCUCUGCCUACCAAGAAAUGGCCAACUGUGGAUGCUUCUUAUUAUGGUGGUCGAGGUGUUGGAGGAAUUAAAAGAAUGGAGGUUCGUUGGGGUGAUAAAGGAUCUACGGAGGAAGGUGCAAGGCUAGAGAAAGCCAAAAAUGCUGUGGUGACCAUUCCUGAAGAACCAGAGGAGCCCCUUAGGCCCAGACCACCUCGACCCAAACCCACACUCCAGCCUCCUCAGACUAAGUGGUACACGCCAAUUAAGGGUCGGCUGGAUGCACUCUGGGCUUUGUUGCGGAGGCAGUAUGACCGGGUGUCCUUGAUGCGACCUCAGGAAGGAGAUGAGGGCCGGUGCAUAAACUUCUCUCGAGUUCCCUCUCAGUAAAAGGAAAGCAGGAAGACCAACAAGUAUGAAGAUGGUACAUCUUCACGUUGCCGAUUUCCAACCAAAAGAAAACAAAGUGCAUUUCAGAAGUUUUUGGAAGAGCAGCUUUAUUCCUCUCAGUCAGGAAAUGUUUUCUCUGCCUUCUGCUUUGCUUGCAUCAAACAUUUUCAAACUCUUGUUCUGCCAUCUACAUGGGAAUUGAUGAAACUCAAUGGUAACACAUGAUUCAGGACAUUAAAAAUAAAAAGGAACUUUAAUGUACAUGCUGUGGUUUAUACAAGAAAGUUUUUUUGAAUGUGUAAAAGAGGAAGAAAGAAAAGCAUG